CACGCUACAUACAGGAAGUAAAGGUAUAGGAAAUCAGAAGCACGCUGUGUUUAUAAAAAGUGUCCUAUUUGUGGCCUAUAGCGAGUCAUUCACCACUGAGGCUUAAAUCAGCAUGGAGACACUACUUUUUCUAUUUCCUCAAUUCAACUACAUGGCCCCAAAGGAGGAAGCCUAUUUCAAAACGCUUGGGCCACAAGAGUUUCUGCAGGCGACAAUGAAGGAAGAGUGUAGCAGACAUAAAGACAAGGAGCGAAAAAGCAGACUCAGCCUUUUUCUCACCAAGUCCGGCUCUCAUGAAAAUGUCAGUCCUCAUAAGAAAACCAAUACACCAUCCAGAAACAUCUCAGCAGAAUCCGCUUUGAAAUGGAGUGACUGCUUUGAAGAAGUCAUGAAGGACUCAGAUGGAGUGGAAGUCUUCUCUGAGUUCCUCAGGUCAGAGUUCAGCGAGGAAAACAUGGAGUUCUGGUUGGCGUGUGAGGAUUACAAGACCAUUGACUCAGAGACAAAGCUGCUCUCCAAAGCCAAAUAUAUCUACACAGUAUUUAUCGAGUCAGACGCUCCAAAAGAGGUAAACAUUGACUACAGCACCAAAAUGGCCAUUGAGCGGAGCAUAUCUCAGCCCACGAAGAGCUGCUUUGACGCUGCUCAGAAGAAAGUGUACACCCUGAUGCAAAAUGACUCAUACCCCAGAUUUCUGCACUCUGACCUUUAUCUGCAUUUGACCCGGAGGAAGGGUCCUGGGGGUCCCAUGUUCCGCCGGAGGUCACGGUCCUGUGUGUUCAAUGAGAGAGGUGAGGCCACAUCUGGAUCCUCGGCCUGGUAGAAUUAUAAGUGUUUGUAACUGCAGGCUCUAAGUGGAUUAUCUCACUGUUCACAUAUGACCCACGAAGUGUAUCAGAAUACAGCCACUCUCCAGAGAAAAGCUAAGACACAGUAGAGAACUCAAAAGGUCACCAAAAUGUCUACAUCGGGGCUUUAAUCUAAUGUUAAUAUCAAUCCCAACUUUCAGCUUUAAGUAUAAUGCUAACUACAGCAUCAGUCGCCUCCCAGGGCUUAUUAUUGUUGAUUUAACCAACAGAAAGUUAGAAAAUCAAACAAACUUUCAGGCAUGAAGCAGCUGUGUCAUAAGCUCUUGAGAAAGCAUUGGAGCCAAUCUAAAAUACAUGUUCAAUCAUUUUUAAGGGUUCUGUUAGUAUAAUUGUAAUGUUUAAAGGUGCACUGUGUAACUUUUCUGGUGGACUGUCUGUGCCUACCUGUUUUUCUCCCUAGCGAUUAUAUUGCUUUGACUAGCACAAAGCAAGGCAAAGGAAUAGCACAAGCCAUGUUACUUGUCUGAUCUAUGGAGUGGUGGACCUGCUCAUUCUAUUGUUUGAAUGCAUGUUUUUCGAUAUAUUUUUGAGCAAUAACAACAUAAUAAUGAAAGUAAAUAAAUGCCAAAUAUAAAUGUUUAGGGCCAUACUUAGGAACAUUCCAAGCAAAGCAAUAACUUCUCUAUGGAGACAAGAAAGUAGCAAACCCUCUGUGGAAAAGUUACAAAGUUAUUCUGUAUUAACAUCAAAAUUUAACUCCAUUUGCAUUUGAAUCAGACUUCUCCUCUCUCUUUAUGUACUGUAUUUAUGGACCAUCAAAUGAACAGAUAAGGUUAUUGUAUUGUUGCAGUCCUUUUUGUCUUUUUAUUUCCUUUAUGAAAAAACUAGCUGUUUUGUAUUAUUUAAAUUAUAUUGUAUGAAGUAUCUUCUCCACAGCUUUGAAUUGAACUGAACCAUAUAAACUGUUGUCAUAUUGUUGGGAAUGCUUUUCAUUGACAAUUAUAUUACAUUUCCUAUAGAACAUGUAUGUAUGUAAGUGUACAGUAUUCCCUGCAGUAAUAACAUGCACAUAUAUACUAUUGCAGUGUGGUGUAUAAACCAUAUAACUACUGCUUUGUGCUCAAACUAAUUCUAAUGAAGCUUUAGUGCCAUUAAUUAGCCUGAAUCACUCACACUAAAUGUGACAAACGAGGCUAUCAUUAUUACACCAGGGGAAAAUUGAGUUUGUAGUGCAGACCCCCUUUUCUCUUAUUCACUAAAGUGUGCAGAUUUUAUGAACUCCCACUUCCCCUGCUGGAAAAAUCUAUUCAUCAUACUCUGCCUUCCUACGUACAAUGCAGCCAAAGACCUAUUGUAAUGUGUUUAUACAGUAGGCUCUGCUUUACCUCAACAGAGAUCAUUAUCACUAUGCGCAUGUGAUCUUAAAGCCCACAUUACAGUCAUUCUGCAAACACCUGCACUACAAACCUCACUGUUCGCAAUAUGAAUCAAUAAAGACCCCAGGCCCCAAUGCAAAA